AACAGGGAGGCAUAGAGAGGAGAUAGAGAAGAGGGAGAGGAUAGAGGAGGAACGGGGUGGGGAAGGGUUAUCGAUAUUGGAUCGAGGGCCCUGGUAGAGGAGGGGGUGGGGUGGAAGAUAUAGUACAUCUCUCGCUCCCUUUGCUUUGCUAUCUCUCGCUCACUUCCUUCGUAAAGGAAUGCCAUGCCUUUCCUUCACCAACAUUAUCAGCUUCUCUCGGGGUCACUGCUCUCAUCCUUCACAAUUUAGAUAAAGUAGAAGAAAGAAAUUUUUUAACAUUGUACAGAAUUGUGAUAGAAAAUGAAGCCUCCAUAGGAAUUUUGCAGCCAAAGUUGCACUCAGAGUCCCAGCACGUAAGGUAACUCAUGCAUGCCUACCAACCCCUCCAACCACCUCAGACCAUCUCCAAUGGCCGUCGCCGUCGACCACCGCCACGGUUUCAAGCCCCCCAUCUGGACCCGCCGCUGCCGCCUCCGCUCCUUCCCCCACGCCGACGCCGCCCUCCUCGACCCCGACCCCCCCUCCUCCGCCCUCCCCCUCAUGCCAUCCCCUAACCUCCCCCGCAGCGUCUCCACCCCCUGCCUCUCCUCCGCCACCGCCACCGCCGGCCCCGACGAGCCCGCCGACCACAUUGCCCGCAUCGAGAUCGUUGGCGGCCACCGCGCCUGCGGCGUCCACGCCCUUGUUGUCGAGGCGGCCAUCGCCAUGGCCUCCGGCACCCAGCCGGUCCCCGUCUCCAACGGCCUCAGCGGGGCCUACUACCUCCGCAACCGCUCGGGCGAGAGCUUCGCCAUCCUCAAGCCUAUCGACGAGGAGCCGCUGCCCAUCGGCAUUCUCGGCCGGCCCGGGUCGCGCCACUCGGUACGAGCCAGCGGGACCGGGGUGCGCGAGGUGGCUGCCUACCUCCUCGACCACGGCAGCUUCUCCGGCGUCCCUCCCACCGCUCUCAUCAAGAUAUCCCAUCCCACGUUCACCUCCGCCACAAACUCACCAGCGGCGGCGAGAAAGACGGCGUCCAUCCAGCGGUUCGUCCCCCACGACUUCGACGCCGGCGAGCUCGGCCCGUCAAGGUUCUCCGUGCCGUCGGUGCACAGGAUCGGCAUCCUCGACAUCAGACUCCUCAACAUCGACCGCCAUGCUGGAAAUAUCCUCGUCAAGAAAAGGCUGACCAGCAGCAACGGAAGCUUUGACGGUUAUGACGGUUACAAGAACGACUCGGGGACAGAGCUGGUGCCCAUCGAUCAUGGGCUCUGCCUGCCGGAAAUCCUCGACGACCCCUACUUCGAGUGGCUCCACUGGCCGCAGGCCGCCGUGCCAUUCUCCGAGCACGAAGUGGAGUACAUAUCGGCACUGGACCCGUUCCGCGACGCCGAGCUCCUCCGGGCGGAGCUGCCAUCCCUGAGAGAGUCGGCAAUUCGAAUCCUGGUGCUCUGCACCAUCUUCUUGAAACGAGCACUUGCUGCUGGCCUUUGCCUGGCCGACAUCGGGGACAUGAUGACCCGAGAGUUCUCCGGCUUCGAAGAAGAGCCAAGCAUGCUCGAGACCCUCUGCAAACAGGCUGAGGAUUCCAUGAACAACAUCACACUGUCGUCCGAUGACGGCGACGACGAGGAAGUAGUAUUUGAAGGGAAUGAGUCCAAACAAUACCAAUUUGAAAUCGAAUGCGACGACGACGGAGGGUUCUCGGAGAGCAGCAACGUUGUAGACAUUCCUCUGCUGCUACAGAGCAAGGUAGCGAAGGAGGAUGCGAAUGCGGAUCGUAAUCGCAAGGUUUUGGUCCCUGUGCAUGAAGAUGACGGGGAUGAUGAGGAGGGUGAUGGAUGCACCAAGUUGGGAGUUAUUGCAAAAAGUAUAAGCUUCUCAGCAGCAGGUUUCAAUUAUGAGGGGGUUGGGGGGUCGGGGAGUAAGAGCAUUUCUUUCCAGGGGUUGAGUGGGGAGGAAUGGGGGAGUUUUUUAGAGAGGUUUGAGCAGCUGUUGCCUGAUGCUUUUGAGGCUAGGAAGAGCAUGGGGUUGAAGCAGCAAAGAUUGGGGACCUCAUGCAAGUUUUGAGACACUGGGAAGAGGGAGAGAAGGAUGGUUGAAGCCAGUAGUAGACUGUAGUUCUAAUGUUUAUUGGAUGGGGGCUGCAGCAAAAUUGUACAUUAGCUCGUGUACCAAAAGGUGAUGUGAUGUAGGAUGACAUGGGUAUGGGCCGUGGGGUUGAACAUACCUUAGUAGCUAAUUUGAUGGUUUCUCUUGUGGAUGUAAACUGGAUCAGCAAAACUUGAUAGCAAAAACUCUUGGCAAAAAGGAAAAUUUUUCGACUAUUUUCGGUGUCUGAAGCUUGGCAUGAUUGUUUGAUCAUCCCUCUCUAACAUCCUUGCAAAACUAUGUCCACAUGAGUUUGUAUGAUAUUUUAGAGUAAUGAAUUUUAAAUUGAAAAGUGGAAUAA